AUGAAUCGAGCGCAGUUGAGGCCGCCAGUUACGGAAGAAAAAGUAGAUUACCAAUUAAAAAAAAAGCGAGUUCGGGGAUGUGUUCGCUUCACUUCGUCCGCAAUUUGGUCGUGGUUCAUGCCGUGGACGGUGAGAGAUAGGAAGUAUUUGUUGAAAAAACGUUACCAGUACAGGAUUGAUGGCGGUUCAAAAUUCGAUUUUCCAAACCUCUUACAAGUUUCUGGAAACUCGGUUUCUUUUACGGAACCAUCGUUGUACCUUUCCGUUGUCAUCCCGGCCAUGAAUGAAGAAAGACGGCUGCCGAAGAUGCUGGAAGAGUGUCUUUCGUACUUAUCAGAACGCGAGAAAGAAGAUGCGGGAUUUACAUACGAGGUAGUUGUAGUGGACGAUGGCAGUGUAGACGGUACUUCAGCAGUAGCCCUGAAUUGUGCUAAGCAACAGAACUCAGAUCGUGUAAGAGUAUUAAAACUGGAGAAGAACUUGGGCAAAGAGGAGCAAAAUGGAGUUUUGUGUGCUCGUGGGAAACUUAUUCUUUUUGUUGAUGCUGAUGGUGCAACUCGUUUUUGUGAUUACGGAAAAGUUGAGGAAGAGCUUAUUCGUUUGACAACUGCAGAUGGUAGCCUACCAGGAGAUAUUAAAGCAUUCGAUUGGACGUUUCCAGCAGUUGCUGUUGGCUCAAGAGCUCACUUGGAAAAGGAAAGCAUUGCAAAGCGAUCAUGGAUCCGAACUGUAUUAAUGAUUGGUUUUCACUGCUUGGUGUGGCUUUUUGCAGUCAGGUCUGUUCGGGACACACAGUGUGGUUUCAAACUGUUCACCCGAUCAGCAGCUGCGUCGUUAUUCUCGUUAAUUCAUGUGGAACGCUGGGCUUUUGAUGCAGAACUUCUGUUCCUUGCCGAACGUUUUAAGUAUCAUAUUGCUGAAGUGCCUGUAAACUGGCAUGAAGUUGAUGGGUCAAAAAUAAUUCCUGUUUUCUCAUGGUUACAAAUGGGUCGUGAUCUUGUCCUUAUCUGGCCGCGCCGUCACGCAGAAACGUACGAUGACGACACUGACUUUCCGUCAAGAAAUCCAGGAGCAUGGGACGUUAAAAAGUACUGCUCUCAAGUGAAGAUUGAUAUUAUAAACGAAAGCGAGGACGGGAUGAAUUUGGAAUUCGACCUUAUACAUGUGGAGGCGCCUAUUGCAAAUACCUUGCGUAGAGUACUGCUUGCUGAGGUUCCGUCGAUGGCGAUCGAAAAAGUUUACCUUUAUCAAAACACAUCUAUAAUACAGGAUGAGGUUUUGUGCCAUCGACUCGGCUUGCUCCCCAUUAUGGCUGAUCCUCGCAGUUUUAAAUUCCCUCUUACGAAGGUCAUCGGGAUUAACGAAGGCGGUGUUGACUGUGAGGAGGAGCCUGCUGGUGAUCCAAAGCGAAAUCUUAUUUUUGAACUGAAAGUAAGCUGUAGAAAAAAUCCUCGGUGUCCAAAAACUGCCACAGAUCCCAAAGAACUGUAUGAAAAUGCCAUUGUUUAUUCCAAUGCUUUUAAAUGGGUGCCUAUUGGUGACCAAUCCACUGCAUUGCCGUACUCGCCUUCAAUGGUACAUGAUGAUAUAUUAGUCGUGAAACUUCGGCCUGGUCAAGAAAUUGAAGCAAGGUGUCACUGUGUUAAAGGCCAGGGCAGGGACCACGCAAAAUUCUCGCCUGUUGCUACUGCCACCUAUCGACUUCUUCCCGAAAUUACUUUUUUAAAGGAAUUUACUGGCGAGGAUGCUGAGCGGGUAAAGAAAUCUUUUGCCGAUGGCGUAAUAGGUAUAGAUUCCGAUGGACUUGCGUUCGUAAAGGACGCAAGACGAGAUACAUGCAGUCGUAAUAUAUGUAGACACGAGGAGCUAGCAAAACAUAUUGUAUUGUCAAAAAAGAAGAACCACUUCAUUUUCAGCGUCGAAAGCACCGGUGCAUUAAAGAGCAGCGAAUUGGUUGUAGAAGCAUGCAAAGUAGUGGAAGACAAGUGUUUAAAUCUCAAGAAACUUUUCGCCGAAAAAAUAGAAGCAUUAAUGCAAUAA